AUGGGCGAUGUAUUUCCUUCAGCGGUGAACGCACCUCCCACAAACACGCCAGCUAUGAUGACUCCCUCAGGCAUCGACGACGAGCAGGACGUCUCGGCGAAACGGAGGAAGAUCCGGAAAGGCACGCAAUCUUGCUGGGAAUGCAAACGGCGCAAAAUCCGAUGCCUUUUUUUGUCAGCCGAAGAUACUGCCUGUGUCGGCUGUCGGCGCCGACGGGUACCCUGCAUCAGUCAAGAGGUUGAGGUGCCGAUGCUCGAAGACGUAGCUGGAGUAAAAGCAAGAGACAGAGACAAUAGGCACCUCGUUCAACGUAUGGCAAGGGUUGAAGUCCUGUUGGAGGACUUUUUCGCUGGCAAAGUUGCACUUCCCUCUGUACCGGUUGAAAGAAACCUCACUCAAUAUCAAGAACAACACCAAGGUCAUCAAGUUCGCACAGAUGAAGAUCCGUCGGCCCCGGCAUCAACACCAGCAACUCGAUCACUACCCCGAAAUGGGUUCUUACCCAAAGAACCACGGCAGCCAGCCAGUGUCCCAAAUAUUCGGCAACCAACUUCAAUUCCAUCACUCGCCUUAUCAAACCCGCACUCAAUAGCACUUCAUCAUCUAUUUGCUGCCUUUCCGGCCAAAGAAGAUGCCAAGAUUCUGCUCAGAGAGGGCUUUCGGGCCUCGCUCUACACCGAAACGCUCACCACUCAACCGCAUAGCAAGUUAACACUCGAAACCCUUGCCGCUCCUCUCUCCAUCCCCGAGCUUCCGAGUCCAAGUAUCCACCCGGUUCUUUUGGCUAAGCGUAUGCUCUUAUUUGCAAUCACUUUACAAAGUCCGGGUGGUGAAGAAUUGCUCGCUCUUUCUGAAUCAAGAAGCGUGCUCAAGAGCCGCUUGGUCACAGCUGCCACGACAUGGGUAACGACUAAGGAAGAGAUGCACGGCACCGUCGAAAGUCUGGUUUGUAUCAUGCUAGAAGGUAUAUAUGAGAUUAACUCUGGCAAUCUCCGACGAGCUUGGGUUGUAAAUCGCAGGGCAAUGACAGUUGCCCAACUUAUAGGACUGCACCGGACCCCUAUGCCACCACUGAAACGCAUCGAUCCAGAGUUUGAUGCUAAGCCAGACUUCAUGUGGUUCCGCAUUGUGUAUAUGGACCGUUAUCUCAGCUUGCUACUUGGUCUACCUCAAGGCUCGACUGAUGUGGGUAUGAGUGCCCCAUCGGCUCUGCGAAACGAACCACCGCUUGGUAGAUUCGAGCGACUCCUCACAGUCGCUGCGUCGCGCAUCUUGGAACGCAAUGCAAGUUCAUUUGUCCCAGCCGACACCACCACAACUCAAUUAAUCGACUCGGAGCUACUGAGUAUAUCGCAGAGUAUGCCGGCAAGCUUUUGGCAUCCGGUGUAUUACCACAACCUAACUCCAGGGUCACCAGAAACUCUAUUAGAGACAUUACGCCUAGCAGCCCAGGUCAACUACUAUGGCCUAUUGGUUCAGCUCCACCUACCGUAUAUCGUGCGGAUAGGAGAUAAUACUGUACAUGAGUACUCCAAGAUGACUUGCGUCAAUGCCAGCCGGGAGAUCAUUAGUCGAUUCAUCGUGCAUCGCAGCUUCAACCCCAUGUCAUCUUGCUCGCGGCCUGUGGACUUCUUCGCUCUCUUAGCAGCAAUGACACUCCUGCUUGCUCACAUCGAUGCCUACCAUCACCGUCAAACCGUCAAUUUUCUCGCCCACCAGCGCGUCAGUGAUCGGGCUAUGCUCGAGCAAGCCCUCGAAAAGAUGGAUGCCAUCAGCAAAACCAACAAAGACGUAGUCACCGAGCAGAGCGCGAAACUGGUCCGUCGCCUCCUCGAAAUCGAGGCAGACGCCGCUCAGGGGAGUAAUUAUACUGCCCGGACAUAUGAUGGAGAUGAGAGCGACAAAGGGGAUGAAGAGCUCCGCCUGCAUAUCCCGUACCUCGGCGUCAUCAAAAUCACACGCCAGGGCCCGAUCUCUUGUGAGCCGCAUCCGACAUUUCAGGCUGAGUCCUCAUCACUGACCACACCAUUCCCGUCUUGCCCUCAUGCGCCUGAACAGUCGCUCGGUCAAUCCGCGUUUUCAGGUGAUCAACCUCAAACCGGUCACGAACAGCCUAUGUUACAAUACCACAAUGUCAAUAACAUCACCUUGGAAUCACAAAAUUGUUUACCGGCAAUCGCUGCUGGUGUCGACGACUGGGCCUUCCAGGGCGUCGAUAUGGCCUUCUUUGAUAGCUUAAUGAAAGGUAUAAUAUCAACAGAUUCGGCGGGUUUGGAGCAGGGUUUUACUGAAGAUGGGAUAAUAGGGGGUGGAGGGUGA